AUGGAUGAGACAGGUGCCACAGAGCAGCAGGCAGCACCCAUCGAGGGCUCACGCAUGGCAGGCUGCAGAUCCCGAGCUCUUCCUUAUGGGGGAGCUGCUGGCCUGGGUGCUAAGCCCCUCACUGCCCAGGGCGGCGGUGCCCGGCCUGGCCCACUCCAAGUGCGGGGCCUGCCGGAGCCUGUGCCCACCGGAACUUCGCACUGGCCCGUGAGCACCAUCGUAGCCCUGGUUCGCUCAUGCCUCUCCCUCACACCUUCCCGCAAGCAGGGGGAGCCAGCUCUGGCCUCAGCCAACCCAGAGGAGGGAGCUCACGCGUGCUAUACGGUGGCCUCACCACUUGAGCGCUGGCCGGACUGGGAGCCCGAGGACUACAUCCCAUUUACCCAGAGCUUCCAACUAAGUAAUGCCCUGCUGAAGGCUUCAGCUUGGUCGCGCAGCGAGCACUCAGGUCCAACUCGCUGUGGCUGCUCCUUAAUCGCCAUCCGCGCGACGGAAGACCGUGGCCAGCCACGGUCCCCGUGCGCACAGGUGGUGGCAAUCGGGUAUGACCAGGAGCUGAAGUUGGCUGUGCCCGGGGGCCACAUCGCAGCUAAAGCCUGGGGUUCCUGCAGGGCUCCUCCAGUUCUCUGCCUGCACGGCUGGCUGGACAAUGCCAACUCCUCUUCGACAGACUCCAUCCCUCUUCCCGUGUACUUUUAUUACGUUGCCAUGGAUUUCGGAGGUCAUGGGCUCUCGUCCUAUUACAGCCCAGGUGUCCCAUAUUACCACCGGACUUUUGUGAGUGACAUCCGAAGAGUUGUGGCAGCCUUGAAAUGGAACUGACUCUCCAUUCUGGGCCACAGCUUCGGUGGUGUUGUGGGCGAAGUUUUUCCCGGUAUCUUCCCCGAGAUGGUGAAUAAACUUAUCUUGCUGGACUCACCUCGCUCUUUUGUCCUGGAAUCGAAUGGGAGAAAGAACUUAAGGACCUACAAGCGGAGGGAGGCCAUAGAGCACAUGUUGCAGGUAGAGGCUCCAGGAGCCUCGAGCGUGUACAGCCCGAAGCAGCUGCUGCAGAGGUUACUGAAGAGCCAUAUCCACAUGAGUGAGGAGUGCGGGGAGCUCCUCCUGCAAAGAGGAACCACGAAGGUGGGCCUCGGUCUGGUUCUGAACAGAGACCAGAGGCUAUCCUGGGUGAAAAACAGCGUCCCAUCUGGAAGCCUGGAACUGUAUGCGCAUUCCAUCAGGAAGCUGCAGGCCCACGUCCUGUUCAUCAAAGCAGUCCACGGAUAUUUUGAUGUGAGAAGAGAGAGUUACUAUAGCAAGGAGUCCCUGUCAUUCAUGAUACACAUGCUGAAGUCCACCCUCAAAGAGCGGUUCCAGUUUGUGGAAGUCCCAGGCAAUCACUGUGUCCACAUGAGCGAACCCCAGCACGUGGCCAGUAUCAUCAGCUCCUUCUUACAGCACAAAUUCUCUGCUGCACCUCACCACACACUAUCUCCCUCCUCCAGCGGUCCCAGUUUCAGGAAGUCCCAGGCAAAUCACUGUGUCCACAUGAGCGAACCCCAGCACGUGGCCAGUAUCAGCUCCUUCUACAGCACAACACGCCACAGCCUAGCUGUAGCUCUGGGCCUGACCCAGCUCUGGACACGACGACUCCACAAAUACACGCCUCACAGCCUAGCUGUAGCUCUGGGCCUGACUGUAGCUCUGACACGACGACCUCGUAUGCCAGACUCAACACUGGGAAUGUGA